AUGCCCAAGCAAAGCAAAGUUACCGCUGCUGAAAAGAAAUUGCAGGACAUUCAGAAGAAGCUGUGCUCUCUUAGAGAAGAGCAGGAGCAUUUGGCAGAGGAGAGCCGUAAAAUGAAGGAAGAAAUUAAAGUCAAAAUGAAAGCACAGAAAAAUCAGGAGGUGGUUUACUUCAGCGCUGAGAAUAAAUUGAAACAAUUAGAAAAGGAGCAAUGCCUUCUUCAGGAGCGAAUUCACAAAAUAAGUCAUGGCAGUGGCAGAAGAAGCCAUGAGACUGAGCAAGCACAGCAUCAACAAAAAAUAUCUGCCUUCAAAAAGCAGCUGGAAAAGCUUGAGGAAGAGUCCAGCACUCUGAAUCAAGAGAUUAAGGACAAACAACAAGCUCUGUUUAAAGGAAGAGAGGAAUAUGAUAAACUGAGCAUGGAGGAAAAGAACAUCCAGGUCUCUCUGGAGUCCAAACUGAAGAGAAAAAAGCAGCUAAUGGCCAGCAGAUCCAACAGACUGAGACGCUUUGGCGAUCACAUGCCAGAGUUGUUGGAGUCCAUCAACAAAGCCUUCUCUCAGGGCCGAUUCAUCAAGAAGCCUGUGGGACCAAUAGGUGCAUGCAUCAGCCUAAAGGAUCCCAGUUUAGCCGUGGCUGUGGAGAGUUGCUUACGAGGUUUAAUUAAAAGCUUUUGCUGUGAUAAUUACAGGGACGAAAAAGUCCUGCAAGGACUGAUGUCCUCAUACUUCCCCAGAGGCAACAGGCCUCAGAUAAUCGUGUGUCCAUUCACGGACAGAGUUUAUAACCUGCAAGACCGUGGAGUCCAGCAUCCUGAGUUUCCAUCUGUGCUGUACUGCCUCAAUAUCGAGAACCCAGUGAUAACAAACUGCCUCAUUGACAUGAGGAGCAUUGAGAGCAUUCUGAUUAUCAAAGAGAACGCUCGUGCGAGGAAUGUCAUGCAGGGGUCGAGACCCCCAAAGAAUUGUCGUGAGGCCUUCACUGCAGAUGGUGAUCAGGUCUACACCAAUCGCUAUUACACAACUGAACGUGAAGUACUGGCCCAAUAUCUUGGUGGAGACCCAGAGGCAGAAAUACGUCUAGUGGAGUCAGAGCUGGAGAACAAUCAGGCUCAGCUUUCACGGUUCCAGCUUCACUUGGGCUCUGUGAAGGAAGACAUUCAGUUCAUGGAGGAGAAGCUGCGUAGUGUCAUCAUGGCCUGCAAAAAGAAUCAGGAAAGUAUAAACAAGGUUAAAGCUUCCAUAACCGAACUUAAGAACAUUGAAGAGGCGCAUGCUGAAGACAUCAGCUCCCUGGAAGAAGAAGAACAAGAAAAUGAACAGAAGAUCGAAUCGGAGAGGAAAAACGUGAAAGAGGCUCAGGAUGAGUUAAAGAAACAUGAGAGAGUGCUUAUGAAUAUUAAUCAGAAAUAUAAAGAUGUGAAAAAUAAAAUGGAGCAACUCUCAGAUGAGACGGAACAACUGAAGGAGGAGCAAGUUAAGGCAGAGGCUGUGUGCAGUAAACUUGAUCAAACCUUGAAGAUCUUGGAGAAGAAACUUGAGGAUCAUCAGGCUACUGUUCAGGCCAUGAAAGAUGAUCUGUCUCUCAGAGAGGAAUUAACACAGGAUUGUGAAGCCAAAGCCAAAGAGAUCUGUCCUGUGCGACAGCAGGUAGAUCAGAGUGCCAAAAGUAUUGAUGCCGAAAUCACACGCCUGCGACAAAAAAUCAGUACGGAAGAGAGCAGCCAUGGCGACAAGGAACAAGUUAUCAGAGAGUACGCAGAGGCUCACAGUAAUUACAAAAGCAAAUCCAGUCAGCUGAGGGAUCUCAGGAAGUUUAUUGAUCGCCUCGACCACAUCAUGAUUGACCGUCAGGACCGAUACAAAUCAAUGCGACGGUCACUUUCUGUGAGAUGCAAGCUGUACUUCAACAACUUCAUGAUGCAGCUGAACUGCUGUGGCUCUAUGAUGUUUGAUCACAUCAAUGAAACUCUGUCCAUUUCUGUGAAACCCCCUGGUCAGGAAAAAAACAACGUCAAUGACAUGCGUUCCCUCUCGGGAGGCGAGCGCUCCUUCUCCACUGUCUGCUUCAUUCUGGCACUCUGGGAGAUUACCGAGUCACCCUUCCGGUGCCUGGACGAGUUUGAUGUCUACAUGGACAUGCAUAAUCGCAGCAUUUCAAUGAACAUGCUUGUGGCACUUUCAGAACGUCAACAUCUGCGACAGUUCAUCUUCAUCACCCCUCAGUCCACCAGCCAUCUGCCUAAUAGUUCCCAUAUUACGAUCCACCAGCUUCAGGAUCCAGAGAGAGAAGCGGAGGAGGAGUGAGAUGUGUGUUAGGUACGGACAUUGCCUGGAGAGACUGUACUGAAAGUGUGUAAAGUUUAUAUGUCUGUACAGUUUAUUAUGCAUUUGCUUUUAUUUAUUUUUAAAGAAGUUUUAUGGUUCUAGCUCCUCUGCAAAGGAUGUUUCAAAAGCACAAAGCGUGCGCCUAAUUUGUGUUAUUGUGAAGUUCACACCAUUUCAUCAAGUUCAUGUGGUCUUUUAAGAAAAAAAAAAAAGGAGGCUCAAGGAAUAGUUCACCCAAAAAUUUAAAUUUGCUGG